AACUCAGAUAUUGAAAUCCACCCUCCCUCCCCGUCCCCCGCCUCUCCCUUCCUUCCUCUGCGCUUUUCUUGUUGCACGUGGCUUGGGUCCAGAGUUACGGAUUGAGUCCGCUUGCUGGGACCAAGCAGGGAGGAAACUGUAGCCACUGAGGGCGGGCAUGGUGGUUGUAAGCCUCGGGGAAGGGAAUUAAGGGAGGCGGUGCCUUGGCCCUGGAGUUCCCGGGAGCUCGAGGGAAAAGAACCCCCGGCCUGAGGGAAGAAGCCUUCUCGGUCCCUGAAGCCGCGGGGCUGCGGGGCACGUGACUUAAAGACCUCAGAAAGUAGCGGAGGAAUCCCAGCAUCGCCGAGCACCUGUGACCCCUCCCUCCUGACGCUGCUCGGAAUGCAAACUUAAACCUGUCUGCCCAAAUCCAGGGCGGCUUCUCUUACGGGGGCGCACCGCAGAUUCCCAGUUCCUUCCUCCGGCCUGGGGCACGGUCCUUUAGGCCGCGGCUCGGUGGCAAUUCAGGGCAAUUUUUCAGCGCACUUGGGGCAAUUCUGGCUCCGUAGCUAUUCGAGGCAUAGUUCUUAAAUCUAUAUGUGGCUAUUCGAGAUCUCUAGCACACUUGAAAACUCCAGGAUAAAGCAGUGGGGAGACUUCAGUUUGAUUUUCCACAACACAAACUCCAAGCCAGAGUAGACUUGAUGGCAGCAAAUUCAAGGGAGGUGGCGGCCUUAGUUCCACAAACCUUGGACCCAGACAAAGAAGGAAUUCAUCAGGCCUUGGACCUUACACCUAGACAAGAGAUUUUGACUCAGACAGAAUGGGAGUCCAAGAGAUUCCAACUCCAGCCUGUGACAGAUGAGGCUGAAUGUGUGAUCCUACAGUCCAACCUGCUGCACCAGAAUGGUGGUGAGAUCAGGACCAUGAAUGAAGAAGCAACUUUCAAGCAAGAAAUUUUAGAUAAUAAUUAUCAAUUAUUAUACACAGAAGAACAACCACCCAUGUUUAGAGAACAUGGGAAUUCUUUCAAUCAGAACUCUGCCAUAGUUGGACUUAAAGUGUUCCAAACUAAAGAAGAAACUUAUGAUUGUCAGAAAUGUGGAAAAAGUUUUAUUUCUAUGGCCCAUCUUACUCAACAUCAGAGCCUCCACACUGGACCAGGUCGCUAUGAAUGUUAUGAAUGUGGGAAAAAGUUUAAUCGGAGUUAUGAUCUGAUUCGACAUCAAGUUAUUCAUACUGGAGAGAGACCCUUUUCCUGUAAUGAAUGUGGGAAAACUUUUAAGCGAAAAUCAACGCUUAUGGAACACCAGAAUAUUCAUACUGGAGAGAAACCUUAUAGGUGUAACAAAUGUGGAAGAGCCUUCCGACAAAACACAGGCCUAAUUGAACAUCAGAAAAUUCAUACCAUUGAGAAACCCUACAAAUGUAAUGAAUGUGAAAAGGCUUUCAGUAAUAGUUCAAGCCUUCUUCAGCAUCAGAUUGCACACACUGGAGAAAAGCCCUACAAAUGUGAUGAAUGUGGGAAAGGUUUCAUAAAUAGCUCAAGUCUUCUUCGACAUCAUAAUAUUCACAAAGGAGGAAAACUCUAUAAAUGUGAAGAAUGUGGGAAAACUUUGAGUAAUAGCUUAAGCUUUUUCCAGCAUUUAAAAAUUCAUACUGGAGAGAAACCAUAUAAAUGUAAUGACUGUGGUAAAGGUUUUAUAUGUAAUUCAUACCUUGUUGAACAUAAAAGAAUUCAUACUGGAGAGAGACCAUAUGUAUGUAAAGAAUGUGGAAAAGCUUUCAGGAGGUCCUGGAACCUUACUGAGCAUCAGAGAAGUCAUAACUCAGAGAAAUCCUAUAGAUGUACAGAGUGUGGAAAAGCUUUCAAGAAUAGUUCAAGCCUUUUUCAUCAUCAAAGAAUCCAUAGUGGAGGGAAACCCUUUGAUUGUAAUGAAUGUGGUAUGGCUUUUAGGCGCAAAUCACGCCUUAUUGACCAUCAAAGAAUUCAUACUGGAGAAAAACCAUAUGAGUGUGACAAAUGUAUGAAGAAUUUUAGUCAUCGUUCACAACUUCUUGAACAUAUCAGAACCCACACUGGGGAAAAACACUAUGAAUGUAAUCAGUGUGGAAAAUCCUUUACUAGGAAUUCAGGCCUUUUACGUCAUCAGAAAAUACAUACUGGAGAAAAACCAUAUGAAUGUAAUCAGUGUGGGAAAGCUUUUAGCAAUAGUUCAUGCCUCAUUGAGCAUGAGAGAAUACAUACUACAGAGAAACCUUAUAAAUGUAAUGAAUGUGGGAAAGCUUUCUGUAAGAAAUCAUACCUCACAGGACAUCAGGUAAUUCACUCUAAAGAAAAACCCUACAAAUGUAAUGAAUGUGGAAAAUCAUACAGUCGCCGUUUCCGUCUUGUUGAGCAUCAGAGAAUUCAUACUGGAGAGAAGCCCUUCGAAUGUAAUGAAUGUGGGAAAGCUUUUAGUAGAAGUGCACUUUUUAUUAAACACCAGAUAAUUCAUACCAAAGAGAAGCCUUAUAUAUGUGAUCAGUGUGGCAAAGCUUUUAGUCUGAGAAAACAUCUUGUUCAACAUCAGAGAAUCCAUACUGAAGAAAAACCUUUCAAAUGCAAUGAAUGUGGGAAAGCUUUCAGGCAUAAGUCAACUUUUCAUGAUCAUCAGAAAACACAUACUGGAGAUAAACCCUGUAAAUGUAAUGAAUGUGGAAAAUCUUUCAAUCGGAUCUUUCACCUUACUGAACACCAGCGAACUCAUACUAAAGAAAAACCUUAUGAGUGUAAUGAAUGUGGGAAAUCUUUUAGUCGAAGUUCAGUUUUUAUUAAGCACCAGAAAAUUCACACUAAAGAGAAAUUAGAUUAAUGUAAUCACCAUGGGAAAGCUUUUAAUUUAAUUCCAGUUGAAUGUUGAAGAAUUUCUACCAGGAAAAAGAAUGAAUAUGGAGAAAUCAAAUGAUUCAAUGCAAUUAAAUUUACAUGUCACAAAACAGUUAUUUUAAGAAAUUAAAAUUUCAGUCCUGUCUCAAGCAAUAUUUCAUAUAAAUAUGGCAUCAAUUGGGUAAUGUUACUCUUAUCUUCAUAGGGCAGUGCUAUAUCCUCAAAAAUAAUAGACUAUUGUUAAAGUCUAAACUAUUGCAGAGGCAUAUAAUUGGACUACCUGCUUCCACUAUUUUCUCUGUUAAAUCCAUCCUCAAUGUAUCUUCCAGGUUGAUAUUCCUAAAACAUAUUUGACUAUUUCAUUCCUCUAUUCAAAAUCUUCCCUGUUGUCUCUAAAAUGAAAAAGAAAAUUAACUGCCCAGCAUUUAAAGUCCAACACAGUCUGACUCUCACCUAUCUUUCCAGUCUUAUUUCAAAUUAUACCACGUAAACUCUGUUAUUGUCAGAUUGACUAUUGGCUGUUCUCUAUGCAUGACAUUUCAUUUCUCUCCAUGCCUUUUGCAGGGUCUCCCCAAACUCCUAUCAUUAUUAGAUUCUUUCUCACAUCUUGCUUCUUAGAUUUUCUAGUUUCCUUCAAGGUUCAGCUUAGAAUUCUUUAUAAGACAAAGCCUUUUCUGUUCUUCCCCAAUUAGUGUUCUCUCCCUCCUGAAAUUGUUUGAUGUUUACUUUUAUAUAAAUUGUACCUCCCAGUCUUUGUUAUGUGUUAUCACCCCUAGAACAACGUAGUUCCUUGAGGACAGAAUCUGUUUUAUUUUUCUAUUUCCCUAGUACCUGGCGUAAUAUUUUGCACGUAGUAGGCAUUCGAUAAAUACUUGUUGAAUUGAAUUGCAUUGAGUCAACUAAGCUCUGUCAGUGAAGGAGAAAGUAUACUUGAAUUAGAAGUAAGUCUAAAGCAGGCUAUUCUUCCUGGAAAGCAUUUUUUUCCAUUAUUUUGUUUAUGCCAAGUAAUCUAAAAUUAUAUUAAUAUAGGAUAGUGAAAGUAAAGAUAUUUGCAGUAGCAUAUAGCUUAAUUAAAAAAAAAAUAGCAUAUAGGAGUAUAUGCCUCAGUAUCUUUGAAGAGACCAAUUGUCAAAAAAACAGAUGGAACUUAAGGAGAGGAAAGAGAUUCAAUAUCAGGUCAUUUUGGGUGAUUGCUUUUGGAUAUCAAAUGAUGUAGGGUUUUUCCACUAUUUGUUAGCUAUUCUCCUCCCUUGUCAGGAGGAUGUCUUCAUUAUUCACACACAGGAAGUAGUUCCAGAGAAAAAUAAGGGUUGGCAUAAGAUCUCAAAUUGUAAUGUACCCAGUACCCAUUUCUAGGUCUAUGGAGUAGGAACACAAAGGGUGCUUUUCAAGAAAAAACAACAAAUGUUUGAAAAUCUACUACUCAUACAGUUCUGAAUGUUCACCAUGGAAAGCAUCCAGGAUGAAGUGAAAUCAUUAUUGGCUUCUGCCCAAGUGUUUGUUAAUACUUUUUCCCCCCUCUAUGACCUCUAACUCAGAAACAUAGAGAAAUCCUGUGUAGAAGUGAUUUAAAUGGCUUUACAUUAACUCCAGUCUCCUGUCCCAAUUUUUUUUUUUUAUAGAAUAUAGAACUCUAAAGGGAAUUAGGGAUCAUCUAAUCUGGUCCCUUCAUUUUAUAGAUGAGAAAACUGGGAUCCACAAAGGAGGAGCGACCUUUGGUAGCUGUUAGGGUGCCAGAUCAUGUGUGGGGUAAAAGUUACACAAACAGCCUUUGCUGACUGUCUUUGGUUUAUUUACAUAAUCUGUGCUUUUAGUAUUUUUGAAGAAGGAAUUGGGAUGUAAAAGGCUACAAUGAACAAUGAGUCAAAUACAUCUAAUAGGAUGAGAUGUAGGGGCAAAUGUUAAAUCUUUCAAUUGAAUUGAAAAAAUUCAACUACCAAGGAAUAAGCUGUGAAUUCUUUAAAAAGUGCAUGUUAAAAAAGACCUCUAGCGUGAAGAAUACUAUCUGUAUACCUUUUGAUGUACUUUAACAUCAAUAUGAAUGAACAAUGUGAUAUAGCAGACAAAAGAGUAAGUGAAUGGCUUCUACAUAAUAAUAAAAGUAUGACAUCUAGAAUGAGGAAGCUAUUCUGUUUCUCUCUCUUCACUGGUUAGACUACAACAUAUUCAGUUCUGGUUGCCAAAUUUUAGGAAGGAGAAAAUACUUAGGAUGGGGAUUCUUAAAUCUUUUUUGCACCAUGGCCCCCUUUGAAAGUAUGGUGAAGUCUUUGGGUCCCUUCUUGUAAUAAUAUUUUAAGAACUAUGAAAAUAUAUAUGAUUACAAGGGAAACCAAUUAUAUUGAAAUAGCUAAAAACAUUUAAAAAGCACCUCAGAGACCACAAUCUAUCUGUGGAUAUGAUGCUGAGAAUCAGAAGCAGUGAAGCAAAAAGUGACAUUCUAGACAGGAUUCUAAGAGACUUUAGAAAUUGGCCAGAGAAAGCUAACUACUGUAUAAUUUGGGAGGAGACCAAAUACUAACCACUAGGAGAAUUAGAAAAAGUUUCUUGGUCAAGAAGGUAAAUCUCUUAAGUACUGGAGAAUUUGAAGAGCAUAGGUGAAGAGAGGAUCCACUUUAGAAACUCUAUAAACAGCCUAGGCAAAAAAAGCAUUAAAGAGGGCAGAUGGAACACUGAGAUCAACUAAGAGCAAGUAAGCUACUUGAAAGAAGACUGUGAAGAUGAAGUUCUGUAUGGAAUAUAAGGUAGACUAGAGUCAGUCAGUCUCAAUAAACAUUUAUUAAAUCCAUACUAUGUGCUAGGUACAGGGGAUACACGCAAGAAAAAGAAGAGUAAAUGUAAAAUUCUUUAAAACAAAGAGUUUAUAUUUUAACUAGAGACAAUAAGAAAGUCACAUGAUAUCCCUGAAGAGAACACACUCAUUCUUAGUAAGAUAACUUUGUCAGCUAUAUGGAGGAUGGAGCUCUUGGAAUCCACAAACCCUAUCUUUGAGGCAAGAGAUUCAUUGCAUCUUCUACCUUGGUGCUGGCUGGAGGCUGAAGAAAGCAGAAGCAGAAGCCAAGGACAAAGC